AUGAAUUCGACUGAUUCUACAAGCACGCUUGUAGGCUCAGCAUUGGAGCGCAAGAUCAACGAUGUCGAAGAGCCGAAAGUUCCCGUGGAUACAACUCCGAGGUUGCUUGAGUUGCGAGCGUUGAUGGCAAAAGAAAAUCUCGAUUAUUACGUCGUACCGAGCGAGGACGCACACGGGUCGGAAUAUGUCGCUGACACUGACAAACGACGAGAGUUUAUCUCUGGAUUUACGGGCUCUGCUGGGCAAGCUAUUGUUUCAAAAACCAGUGCUUAUCUCGUCACGGACUCGCGUUAUUGGUUGCAAGCGGAAAACGAACUCGAUAGAAAUUGGAAUCUCAUCCGUGCACCUCUACCUGAUCAAGAACAGGAUUGGCAAUCGUUUCUUCUGAAGCGAGUGCAAGAAGGUCAUCGAAUUGGCCUCGACGCUCGCAUGAUUAGCUGGUCUAAUGCUUCUGUCCUCAACAGUUCUGUGGCACGACUCGGCGCUAAGCUGGUCUUUCCGUCGCAGAACUUUGUCGACCUCGUUUGGAAAAACAAACCUGUGCGCCCGAAAGAUCCGAUUUUCAUUCAACCUCGGCGCUUUGCGGGAAAGGAUCCUCGUACGAAAUUAGCUGAGCUGCGGAAGUGGAUUUUGGAACAACCUCCCGCGAAACCUAGUUACGCGAAGCCCGGCCCGCCGACGGAUGCGCAAAAGCACGUUGCGACUCUCGUGACGGACUUGGCAAACAUUGCUUGGCUGCUGAACUUGCGUGGUCGUGAUAUCCCAUUCAGUCCAGUUUUUCACGCAUACCUCUUCGUAGGGCUUGAAAAUACUAUACUCUUCGUGGAGCUUGCGAAGAUAAAGGACGACGUGCGCAGACAUCUUGAGGGAUUGCAAGUCGAGAUACGGGAGUACAACGAUGUGUGGUCCCACCUGCGCCGUGCUCCCUGGGGAGCAGGCAAGGUUCUCAUCUGCGAUGAUACAAGUUACGCGAUUUCACUAUUACUCACGCACUUCCGUUAUACGAUCGUUCCGUCUCCAUCUUUCGUGGACUCAAUGAAGGCUAUUAAGAACCCUAUCGAGAUCGGUGGGAUGCGUGAGGCUCAUAUCCGGGACGGCGCAAGUUAUGUCCGCUGGUUGGCGUGGCUGGAGGAUAAGUUAGCGAAGGGAUACGAGAUUACUGAAUACGAGGCUGCUCAGCGUCUGACGGAGUACCGUCGGAAGAACGAAUUCUACGAGGGCUUGUCGUAUGACCCUAUAAGUGCGACGGGAGCGAAUGCCGCUCUUCCUCACUAUAAGCCGACCAAAUCUGGUGCCAAAUUCAUCGAACGAGAUACUCCAUACUUGAACGACUCAGGUGCUCAUUAUAGAGAUGGCACGAUCGACUGUACACGUACUGUACACUUUGGUCGGCCGACUAUGGACCAAUGCGAGGCCUAUACUCGCGUUCUUCAGGGUCAUAUCGCGAUCGAUAGUGCGAUCUUUCCUGCAGGAACAAGUGGACGUCAACUCGAUGUCCUUGCUCGCAAUGCUCUAUGGAAGGAAGGCCUCAAGUACUUGCAUGGCACUGGACACGGCUUUGGCUCCUUCCUAAAUGUCCAUGAAGGUCCACAAAGCUUCAAUUCCGAAACGGUACUCGUUCCCGGCCAUGUCAUAACUAACGAACCCGGCUUUUAUAAGGACAAGGAAUGGGGCAUGCGCAUCGAGUCAGCGUUACUGGUGCAGAAAAUUCAAACCAGACAUGGCAAGCAAGGCGAGACCUGGCUCGGGUUUGAGCGACUGACUGUCGUGCCAAUCCAAACGAAGAUGGUUCGGGAGGCUAUGUUGUCGAGAGACGAAAUUAAUUGGAUCAAGGAUCAUAAUCGGCGUUGCUUGGAAAUACUCGAACCUCUCAUUCGCGAGGACAAGCGCGCACUGAAGUGGCUUCGUCGCGAGGCGGAACGCGGUAUUGGGCAGGCUAGCCCACUCCUUGGCAGCGUUCACGUUGACUGGGAUUAG